UAGUAUACAUAGCAGAAAAGGUCAGGGGACUUUAUUUGGUAGUGGGUAAAGUUAGUGUAUGAUAGUUAGAAGACGCAAGCUAAGCACUCCUUCACUGCAUCCUCUUACGAUUGGAGCAAAGCCAAACUUGUCGACUUUGUACCUCCUUUUUCAUUUCUGACUAAAACCAAGAACUCAAAAUGGCUGACGAAGAAGCUGAACGUGUACGUGUAGCUGAGGAACUGCGCUUGAGGCGAGAAGAGGAAGACAGGCAGAAAGAAGCGGAAGAUAUGGAGAAAAGGCGUAUCCAGAAAGAGCAAGAAGAGAAAAGGCUUGCUGAGAUGAAAGAACGAAUGGAGAAAAGAAGGAAGGAAGAAGAGGAAAUGGCUCGUCGUAUUCAAGAAGAAGAGGAGCAAAGAGUCAAGAGAGAAGAGGAGCUUGCUAUAAAACGUCGUGAGGAUAUUGAGAAAAGACGAAAGCAAGCCGAGGAGAAGCGAAAGCAACUGGAAGCCAUGGCGGCGGCUGCAGCCGCUGGGGGUGGUAAAGCCGGAAUGCUUGCUGCCAACAUUGCUCGUGCAAGGGAGGAGUCAAAGAUGACUAAAGAUCAGUUGGAUGCAAUGAAGAACCAGCAUCUUGAUGAAAAGUAUCCACCUGUAGAAUUUGGCAGAAAGCCCACCAUUGAAAAACUUGUCACAAUGGCAAAGAAUUUUCACAACAAGUUGACAAAAUUUUAUGGCGACGUGUUUGACCUUGGACAAAGACAAAAGCGCCAAGAUUAUGACAAAAAUGAACUUCAAGCUCGUAUUAAGGACAUGCUGAAGCAUGAAGUGUCUACUAAAGAACAGAUUACGGUUGAAACCAACUUGGUGAAGCAGUUCAGAGAAGAAGGUUUCAGAACCCAGCAUACGAACACAGACGACAAAAUGUCGAUACUGUUGAAGAGAAGGUUGAGAGAAACAGCAUACUUCACUGAUGCUGGUGGUGUAAAGAGUCGUUACCAGAACUUUUCACACGUCCCGGAAGGAGUAGACUUGUCUAGGUUAUUCACAAUUGAAAAACCAGAGGACAGAUCACAGUCAUAUGAAGAUCCUUAUGAAAAGAUUUUCGUCACAUUACCAUGGGAAUGUGAAAUAUGUCACAAGGAAGUCUACCAAUUUGAGCGAUUGGCUGUUAAGAGAAGAGUAUUCCACAGACACUGCUUCAGAUGUGUUUAUUGCAUGAAAGUAACCAAUCCUCGUGAUUAUGGAUUUGUGGAGGGAAAGAUCUAUUGCCGCCUUCAUUUAAGGAAGCUAGCUCGUGAAAGGUUGGAGAAGGAAGCUUUAGAAAAAGCUGAGGCUCAGAUGCUAAUGCAAGAAGCAGAGGAAGCCGCUUAUGAGGCGCCAAAGCAUGCUCCAGAACCAGUAGAAGUUGCAGAGGAAGAGGAAGAAGAGGAGGAAUAAGCUAUCAUAACAUCUAUUGAAAAAACUGGAUGCGGUGUCUAUUUGCCUAUUAUUAUCUUUUCCCCCUUUUUGCCAGGUUGAUUUAAUUUAUACAUAAUUAUUUUCAACCUUGUGUUCUACAUUUUAGUUCACGCCAAAUUUUGUGUAUCUUUAUUGGUAAUGAUGAUAUUUCUUUAUAUUGUCUACACUUUCACAAAUAAUGCCAAGGAUAUUAAUACUAUUAUUCUUGAAAGUUAAAUUAAAUUUUUAAAUGAGUGAUAUUUAAGUUUAUAGUUGGCUAUGAAUUUGUGAGAUGGAUAAUGUAGCCACCAAAAAUUGUUUUAUUUUCACAAGAAAAUAAAAUUCUAGGCUUGAAAAUGGAGGUUCUUCGUGGCAGGCACCCGUUGCAUUGGACAGUCAUUGAGAACAUAAAGUUUGUAGACCAGUUCAUCAUCCACAUUCACUAAGGAGCAAAACUAGUAAAAUAAGUUAUUUGUAGAAUCUCAGUUUUAACUUGCACUAAUAGAAUUCUGUCCUUGUAACACAUGCCUUGCUGAAGCAAUCGCUGGUAUUUUGCAGGUUGUCGCAUUUAAUUUGUUGAGCACAUAGAAUAUAAAAUGGUAGUAUUAUUUAUAUUAUCAAUAUUUACUUCAAAUAUUAAUUGAAAAAAGAUCAAA